AUGCAGAACAACACAAAUGAGAAAGGAGGUAAUAAUGCGGCAGUUUCAUGGCAGAGUUGGGGUAAGGGUAGGUUUAGCGACUUUGAGUACUCCACAAUCACUUAUAUACAGAGUUUUAAGAGGAACUUUACCUUCAAGCACGGAUCCAAAUACGAUAUUCUUGCUAUCAAGCUGCGGGCACGGGCCAGGCCCGGUCGUAAUCAAAAACUCCACGUUAUGAUAAUUAGGGCUGAGCUUCAAAUCAUCGUCGUCAUCAUUCUCCGAAAGGCACAGCGAGACUACGCCGGCUCUCGAGUGCUCCAUUUCGGUGUUCCUGACCAGCUCCGCCGGUGGCCUGACCUCGCCCUUGUCCCGGCGGCCCUGCCGGCCCGCUACAAAGAACUGGCCGGGAAAUAUUUUCUGGACCAGAGUGCCCUUGUAGGUGGAACCCGAGGCGCCGCUGCACAUGGCCUUGAAGUUGGAGACGGUGAUGGGUACGAGGUUGCCGUAGAGUCCGAGGACGAGGCGGCCGAGGGGUUCCGCGUCGGGGCAGAGGGUGAGGUCGUUCUCGCCGAGGGUGCGACUGAGGAAGUAGGACGGGCAGAAGCUGAAGUCGAGGAAAACCCUGUCCGUGACGGUGGUGUCCGGCUGGGGAGGGACGGCGGCGCCAGCAGCGGAGGAGGAAAUGAGGGGUCCGGUGAGGGGGAAGGACGAGGAGAGGAAGAGGAGGGAGCGGCGGUUCAGGGGAAGCCGGAGGCGGUGGUGGGGCGGCGGGACGACGGGAGGAGCGACGGCUGA